AUGUCCCGUGGCAGGAUCGCUCUGCUCAUUCUCUUUGAUCAACUGUCUCGCAACAUGUAUCGUGGAUCAUCCGACAUGUUCAAGUUUGAUCCACUCGCACUGUCAUUGGCUCUCAGCAUCUUGGACGAUGCCAACAAUGAUCACACUCAACACUACUCUCUGCCCGAGCGUGUUUUCAUCUAUCUUCCACUGGAGCACUCUGAGCGCGUCGAGCAUGUGGAGCGAUGCACACUGUUGAUGGAGUCAAUCGUUGAUGAUUCACCCUAUCAACAACGCAAGGACCUUGUCAAGUUUGGCAAGGCAUCACGCAGCCACCUGGAGAUCAUCCAAAAAUUCAACAGGUAUCCACAUCGCAACAUCCUGUUGAACAGACCUUCAACCGAUGAGGAGAAGGAGUAUCUGUCAAUGGCCAAGAGCACCUUUGUCAAGUCAGUCCAAGUGUCUUCAUCUUCAUCUUCAUCUUCCAAGUCAAAGGCAGACACAUCAUCCACCGCCCAGUCCACCACCACAGUGAACAACUCACCCAAGCUCAAGGUGUUGUUCCUUCAUGGUAUCAAGCAAAGUGGUACAUCAUUGAAGAAGGCCACCAAGAAGUUGGCUACAUCUAUCUCAGAUGUUGCCACCUUGUACUAUGCUAACGCUCCAAUGAUCUACCAACCAUCGGAUGAUGUUGAUGCAGACAACCGUAACAAGGCAAAUGGUUGGGCCAAUGUUACCGACUCUGCUCAAUCCGCCAAGACCCACGUCCGUCAAUGGUGGAACUCUUCAGCUGACUACAAGACUUACAACCACAUCGAUAAGUCGCACUACUACCUCGAGGAGUUGUUCAAGACCGAGGGUCCAUUCGAUGGUAUCAUUGGUUUCUCACAGGGUGCUGCCUUUGCCGGUAUCCUUGCUGCCAUGCAACAAGCCAAUCAGCUUCCAUUCACCUUCAAGUUCGCAAUUAUGAUCUCUGGCUAUAUGUCGCGUGCUGACAUUCAUCAAGAGUUGAUGAAGGUUGGACUCGUCUCGGGUGUGCCCGCACUCACUAUCCUUGGCACAGCCGAUGACCACGUCUCUCCAGACAGAAGCAGAGAGCUGUCAACACUGUUCACCGACUCGGAGGUUGUCGAGCAUCAAGGUGGUCACUUUGCACCAAACAAGUGGCCCAGCUUAGUCAUUCGUAGCUUCCUGAUGAAGCAACAGACAUCCGAUGACUCGUCCCAGUCUGAGGGUUCAUCAGAGUCCUCCACUCAAUCACUUCCCGCUGCUGACAUUCAUCAAGAGCUCGACACAUUCGACAAGAUGAUGGAGGUUACAUACAAGGAGAACAAGGCAAGGAUCACCGCCAACACCUCUGGCUUGGUCGUGGUCGAUCAGAAGUUUGCCCUUCAUCUGUAUGGCCUUGCACAGUCGACACGUGACCACCUGGCCAACUCACCAGAGUUCCAAUCUCUCAUCAACCCACAGCCAACCCUGUUACGUGACUCUGUUGAUGAGUCAUCAUUCGCCACACUAAUGAGCAAGCUCAGCCCUGGCACUAACGCCAAGGCAUUGGAGGAUCUUAUUAUGAUCGCUUGGUCAACACGUCUGCAAUUCAAACAGACCGAGACAAAUCAAUCCUCAGUGUUCUUUAGACUCUGGCUGCAACUGUACCUUGCUCAUCCAUUGACCAUGCUUGGCAAUAUUGACAUGUUCCCAAAGUAUGGUUCAUGGCGUGACCUCUGCUCAUUGUCACUGCUCGUCGAUCAAAACAUUGAGAUGUCACUCAUGGAUGACAACGAGACACUCCUCGAGGAUCUUCAUUAUCAUAUCAUUUCCAAGUUUGCCAUCCAACUCACCAAUGACUACACUCUCAUGUUUGGAGAAUCAUCAACAACAACAACAACAACAACAACAUCCAAUCAUUCAAAGAAGUGGCCAACGACAUGUGCACUUGAGGCUCCACGUUUGAAUGGAACAUUGGCAUUGUUGGCCAAGGGAAUCGCCAGACAUAUCUCUCCAAUGUCAACAUUACGCGAGGAUGCAUCCGAGGUCCAACGUGGCAUUGUCAAGGGAUUCUGCUACGAGAAGUAUCGUUUGAUCGUGUCAAAGUUGUCCAACCUGCUUCGUGGCAGCUCACCCAAGCACGUGGACCAGGCCGUGCAGAUGUUCAAGACAGGUGGCGCCACCGUGCUGACCGAUGAGGAGCGUCGCAAGUUCCUCGACGGCAAGCCCUCUGGCUACGUGCUGAACCCGGAGCCAGAGCCUGUGGUCCAGUGCACACGUGAGGAGUUGGACCCAUUGCUCGAGUUCAUGAUGGCCAAUACCCAGCUCAAGGACAACACGCCGAUGGCCUUCACCAGGGGCACAUGCAUGCCAGAUGGCCGACUCGACCUGUGCAAGCAGGUGGUCGGUCCAGAGGGCAUCAAGCCCUUGCUCGGUGCCAUGCGCCAGCACAGCACGAUCAAGAGGCUGCUGUUGGGUAACAAUAUCGUGGGCAACGGCGGUGCCCAAGCCAUCGCAGACUACAUUGAGUACAAUCCAGAUUCAAAGAUCGACACUUGGUACAUUGCCGGCAACAACUUUGAUGAGGAGGGUAUCACACUGAUCGCCGAGGCACUGCACAAGGACACCAAGGUGAAGGCUCUGUGGCUGAAGCGUAAUCCUCUCCUGCCUGGCGGUGUGCGUCCAUUGGCCCGAAUGCUCGAGAUCAACACAUACCUUCAGACACUUGAUCUGUUGAACUGUGGUAUACUUGAUGAGGGAGUGACAACUCUGUUCAACUCGCUCAAGACCAGCAACAACUCAACGCUCAAACAUCUUUACAUUGAUGCCAACGGACUGACGCCAGCCAGUGCCGUGACCAUUCGCAAGCACUUUGAGAAUGGCCAGAACAAGUUGGAGUCGCUCUAUAUGUCCAGCAACCAGUUUGGAGACAACGGUGCCUGUGAGAUUGCACUCGGUCUCAAGCACGACACCACGCUCAUCAGAGUUGGCUUAGGCUCCAACUGCAUUGGACCUAUUGGUGCCAAGGCUGUCGUCGACGCGGUCAUGUCCCAUCCAACACUGCUCAGUCUGAACCUAGGCUUCAACAAGUCCACCUUCGUAUUGGGUGCACUCAACAAUGUGUUGGAGGAUGGCGGUGCCCAAGAGGUGGCCAGACUGAUCGUUGGCAACAAGACCCUAAGAUCAAUUGAUCUGACACACAAUGGAAUCACACAGAAGGGCAUCAGAUUGUUGAUCGACACUCUGAAGCAAAACAAUCAAACAUUGACGUCCUUGAUGUUGAGACAAUUCGCCGAGCUCAGGACAACCAUCAAGCAAGAGGUCGAUGUUGUACUAAACCGAAACAGGAUGGAGUGGGGCAAGCAAGCAUCCAAUGGUCAAGGAGGAGAGCACAGUUGGAUGAAGAGAGGUGAUGAGUUGGCCGAAGAUGUCGACACGCCUCUCCAUGUACAGGAGAUCCUAAGUGUCUAUCGAACCAAAUAA